CUUACCCUAAGGUUACAGAACAGUUAACGUCACUGUGAAAAAGAGACUUUGAAAUCUAUAUUUGCAAUUUACAAGAUUUAUUUAUUUUUCAUGUGGUUCUAUUAGCUCCACUAAGUAUUCAUUGUCGAAAAAAAUUGUUUGCAGCUUGCGUUUAGUACAAAACAUCUUACAAAAAUGUCUACGUUACCGGAGGAUAUGUAUUGUUCUGAGCAAAUAUGCAUUCCGCCCUCGUUUCCUUAUUUAUUGAGGCAAUAUGCUAAAGCAGCUAUCAGGACGCAGCCCACUGAUAUUUUGAGAUGGUCAACUGCGUAUUUUCGUUGCCUGUCCCUAAACUUACCACCCCCAGUCAAACCAAGACUUGAAUACCCAAUUCCGCGUGAUUUCAGAGGCGUUACACCUGGAUGGUUGAAGGCACUUUAUUAUCAGCUACAAAAUAAUCAAACUAUUUCGUUCAAGAUUUUAUGGGAUAGAUGGAUGGGAGCCUGUUUGCAUCAUAACACUUUGAUACAGCUGCUAUGUUUGGGUGGAUUUGACGAUCCUCUAGCUAUACAAUGGCUGAGAUUCAUUGCUAUAUGUGCUGGAACUUUAACAGAUGAUUUAACUCAAACCAUGAUCCUAAUUUGCGAAAUCCUAACCGAAGAACCAGAAGGUGGUUCCGCAAUGAUACCGCUCGAAACAUUUUUGGAUCUUUAUCAGUUCCUGGCCAAAAUUGACGCUUCGCAAGAUCAAAAUUUGAGAAACUAUUACUUCAGAGAUAGUUUGCUUUCGUUAUGGCGAGAAAAAAUAGAGAAAAAAGAGAGCAAGGAAGAAAUUGAGGAUGAAGUGUUACAAGAAGACGUACGCAGCCUUGCAACUAAAUCAUCUUCAGUAAUUAUGGACACUGGUGAAAAACUAGAUGAAAUCGAGCGGGUGGUUUCAUGUCCAAGUUUGCCACAAGACGACCAAUACUCUAUUGAUCAUCUGAUCAUUGAAGAACCAGAAGAUGUUGAAGAAGAAGAAAAAGUGACCGAAAUAAUCGAUACAGCUCCAGAGACUUCUACAUUUGAAGAAUCUGAAGAAGUGAGGGAAUAUCAAGAGCCUCGAGAAGACAUGCCAGAAAUGAAUAUUCCUGAGCAAGAAGGUGAAGAAACUGACGCACAUUUAGAUGAAGAUGAAAAUCGCAAGGAAUUGGAUAACCAGUUGGAAGAGCCGGAAGACAUCUACAUUAAAGCUGAGGAUUUGGAAAGUUUUACCGGAGAACCCGAUAUUGCAGAUGUAGCAGUGGAAAAAGAAGGAAUAGUUCCUGUAAGUCCAUCUCUAGAUGCUAAAGAACCAACGCAAAUGGCUACACAGGAAGACGGAACUGGAGGCGAAAUGAGACCAUUGGAAUCUGUUGAUACGAUAAUUGAACUUCCAGUCCGAAAUUUGGAUUUGGUUUUUGAAGAUGAAAAAACUUUGAAGGAGGAUCUAGAAAGACUCAGGGCCAUGCAACAAGAAUUAGCAGGCGAAACCGACGAGGAGCUUGAAAAAUUCAAAUGUAGACUCAUCGAAGAAAUGCCUUUGGCCGAGUCUCAAGAAGAAGGCAUCAAGCAUUUUUCAAUGGGCGAAGCAUUACUUCUGGAACCAUCAGGUGAAGAAAAACUCAAAAUUGCAACCGAAAUAACAGCACCUGGAAGCGAAACUCUGGUUGAUGGUGAAGCCGCCCUAGAACAACAAUACGAUGAUGUAUUUGUAGAAGCCGUUCCUGGCAUUGGUGGUACUGUUCCAGAUAAAUUAAUAGGUGUCGUCGUUCAGUAUAUGACGAACUGUGCAAAAAAUCAACGUGGAAUGAUUAUGCCUAGAAAUAUACGUCAUUAUAGCUGUCCACCGUUAGAAGUGGUUCCAACGUGAUUGGCCGUUUUGUAAAAAUUAGAUAGACUAAUAAGCCAUAGUUAUGAGAUAUUAUAAAUAGAAUCCUAUUUAUUGAAA